CAAUUUUUAAAAAGUCCCUAGUGUAUAACAGCCACAUGUUAUAAAUGGAUACACGCUUACAAACAGAGUCAAUUAUAUCCAAAAUAGAGAGUUAAAUCGUCGAUUGGUAUUUUCAAUCUAACCUGCUGUUUGUAAUUGUUUAUAGUGGAGUGCGUCGAGUUUAAAAUAGUGUCGACUGGAAUUUUUUGUGACAUGCAAGAAUGCCACCUGAUGACAUGGUUGAAUUCGCACUAGAAGCCAAUAUUUUAGAAAACACGUCGGAAAUGCGUUCCCUGUUGGAUUUCCUGCCAUUCGACAACAUAGAGUCGUCGAAUUGUUCCAACUACAACUUAAGCAACCCUGACAACGAACACCUCAAAAAAGAUUUGGCUCUAAACGGCGACGACAAAUUUUUGGACAGCAUAAUAAAGGGUCUACUCAACAACGAGGACGCUACCCAAAAGGACACCCUUGAUAACACCUUGUUCGGGAUAGACGAACUCAAUUUGUUGGAUUCCAACUCGAAUUUUGACGACAGCAUCUCAGUAUUAGGCGUAGAUCUGAAUUUAUACCCACACGAGAACGUGGACAACUUUAUAAGUAACGAUCUGGAUUACAUUUUAAACGACUCCAGUAACGAAUUGGAUCCAGAGCUGUCCGUAAAGGUAAAUGACAUAUUCACAACCACCUUCGAUUGUAAUCUCCUGGUGGAUAACAACAACCAGCAAUUAGAAGUCACAGGAGAACCCAUGGAGAUAAUCCAGAUGUUCCCUCACAUGAACGAAGAGAAAAACCGCAGGAGAAGGAACCUGCUUUACGAAACCACCUGUAAGGUCGCUAAAGGAAACUCAGUAAAGGUCGACUGUAAAUCUUCGGCGAGUUACAGGAAAAACGAAGUCUUCCUGAACCACGACUACACGCAGAAGAAAGAAGACGAGAAAUACUUCACCUGCCCCAUAUCUAACUGCGAGAAGGUCUACGCUAAAUCGUCGCACCUUAAGGCCCACUUAAGGCGACAUUCCGGUGAGAAACCUUUUGUUUGCAACUGGCAAAACUGUACGUGGAGAUUUUCGAGGUCCGACGAGCUGGCGAGGCAUAAAAGGUCCCAUUCCGGUAUCAAACCGUACAAGUGCGAACUUUGUGAGAAAGCUUUCGCAAGGUCGGACCAUCUCUCAAAGCAUCGGAAGGUCCACAAGAAGAAGAUGUCCAUGUGCGGGAGUUAUUACAUCAAGAAAAGGGCGAAAAACUGAUGGAAAACUUUAAUACCUACAUUCAAUUGAGUGUUACCGAGAUUUGAGUUAUUUUCUCAUGUUAAUAUUUAUGUUGGCAAUUAUCCAAUAUUUGGAUUUAUCACUAAAAAUAUAGGAACAAAAUUUGAA